AUGCUUAAGUCCACUCAGUGCGUCUGGGUAACGCCUGAAGGCUCCAUCAUCGGCUCUUCAAAAAUCUACGGAAAUCUGCAGGGGAGGCUAACAAAGGAGAACGUGCGAUCUGGGACUCCAGCUGUGGGCUCGGUCUUCAGGAAGGCAGCAUACUAUUUUCAUAAGGACCUAUGGACCAUCGUCUACAAUGAGGAAAAGCGGAAGGCACGCUGUCUAAGGGCGGAGUCCAAUACGUGGAGGCUAUUCCCAACAUCUCAAGAGCUUCCAUACUGUGAGUCGUUGCAGCUGGACAGGUCUGAGGAUCUUGAGGAAGAUGGUUCUGAGGAAUGGGGCGAUUUUGUUUCGGCCUCAUCUCCGUUCAAUAACCACGACUGGGCAACGGGCUCCUUCACCACCUUCCGCGAGGCCGACAACACCUCAACCUGCCCAUGCUUCCGGACUCCAACGACGCCAAUAGCGUCGACAUCGCGCCGCAGCGAAACCUGGUCCCCGCUGCUUAACACCGGCGCUUCCCCCACCACUUCUCCAACGGGAUCCUUGAAGUCCAUCACUCCCUUGAGUUCCCACGGUUUCCUCGCUGAGCCCCGCGACGGCAAUGAUUCUUCUUUCCUGACUACUUCGCCAACUGCCAGCACCGGCGUUCGGCUUACUAUUGAUGCCAGCAUCCGUCAGCAACGGCUCCAAGAAGACUUCACAAGGGCGGCCCUGCGCACGGCGCAGACUCCGCGUCGCAUCCGUAAUGCCGAUGACGUCCCUGUGUGCGCAAUCACCAUUUCAUCCGGGGCCAAUCAAGCUGUGUGUUACGUGAGGAGCCUCCUAGCAAACAUGCAUGGCCGGGUUGGGCCUCAGCAACACCAGCAACAGCAUCAGGCGACAGGGCAGCAGGAGUACCAAGGACAGCCGCAGCAGCACAAGCACCAGCGACGGGAACAACCGCAACCGGCUUCAUCGUCGGCUGUCGGCUGUCGGCUGUCGGCUGCGGCGGCUGGUCAAAACCCCGGGACCACAACAGCUGGCACCGCCAUGGCCACACCAUUUUCGGCAGCCACGUCACGAGCGCUAUCGACCUGCCUAUCAGAGCUAGUCCCGCCAAAUCACGACUACCCCCACUUUCCCCACCACCACCGACCACAGCCCGCUAACCUGCAACGGUACAAUGGCAGACGACUAGCACUUAGAGAGGCUUCCGAUAUCCCCGCAGUUGAAGCCGCCUCAUGGUAUGCCUCAGGCCCCGCUGGCGGCGGCGGCGGCGGCGGCGGCCCAUCACCUCCUUCCCCGCUAAUGCCGGUCUCCGGACCGAGGAGACCUGCUGCUACAGCUACGGGCCUGCUGCAAGAGGCUCGGAGGAGCCCCUCCCUGCGGCGGUUCCCUUGGGAGGCGCGGGAAAUGGAGGGUGAUAAGACGCAGGAAGGGGCUACGCUGGAUGAUGUACGGCGGGAAAAUCGCCGUGUCGUCCUGCAGGCCAGCCUCAGCGGCCCGGGAGUGUGGUGCUGA